CCGCGGAGCGCCGCCCCGGAGGAAGGGGAGGAGGCCGGGUGUUUCCUGGUGCAUUCCCGACCCGCCCAAGUGACUCAUUGGGGUAGGAAAGCUCCCGGGGCCCGCCCUGGACAACCGAAGGCGGCGCAGACCAGGAUGGCUGCCCAAGUGACACUAGAGGACGCACUGUCCAAUGUGGACCUCCUGGAGGAACUGCCUCUACCUGACCAGCAGCCCUGCAUCGAGCCCCCACCGUCCUCACUGCUCUAUCAGCCAAAUUUCAACACCAACUUUGAAGACAGAAAUGCAUUUGUCACUGGCAUUGCAAGAUACAUCGAACAAGCAACUGUCCACUCUAGCAUGAACGAGAUGCUAGAGGAAGGCCAAGAGUAUGCUGUCAUGCUGUACACCUGGAGGAGCUGCUCCCGUGCCAUCCCUCAGGUGAAGUGCAACGAGCAGCCUAAUAGAGUUGAAAUUUAUGAGAAAACCGUGGAAGUCCUUGAACCCGAGGUCACAAAACUGAUGAAUUUUAUGUAUUUUCAGAGAAAUGCCAUCGAGCGGUUCUGUGGGGAAGUGAGACGCCUGUGUCACGCUGAGAGGAGAAAGGACUUUGUUUCUGAAGCUUACUUGAUCACCCUGGGCAAAUUUAUCAACAUGUUUGCUGUGUUGGAUGAGCUGAAGAACAUGAAGUGCAGUGUGAAGAAUGACCACUCUGCAUAUAAGAGGGCUGCUCAGUUUUUACGUAAAAUGGCAGAUCCACAAUCCAUCCAGGAGUCACAGAAUCUGUCCAUGUUCCUGGCCAACCACAACAAGAUUACACAGUCUCUGCAGCAGCAGCUUGAGGUCAUUUCUGGCUAUGAAGAGCUCCUGGCAGACAUCGUGAAUCUGUGCGUGGAUUACUAUGAGAACAGAAUGUACUUGACACCCAGCGAAAAACACAUGCUUCUCAAAGUCAUGGGAUUUGGUCUAUACCUGAUGGAUGGGAGUGUGAGUAACAUCUACAAACUAGAUGCCAAGAAAAGAAUAAAUUUAUCCAAAAUCGACAAGUAUUUCAAGCAGCUGCAGGUGGUUCCACUCUUUGGAGAUAUGCAAAUAGAACUGGCAAGAUACAUCAAGACCAGCGCGCACUAUGAGGAGAAUAAGUCCCGGUGGACCUGCACGUCCUCCAGCAGCAGCCCGCAGUACAACAUCUGUGAGCAGAUGAUCCAGAUCCGUGAGGACCACAUGCGUUUCAUCUCUGAGCUGGCACGCUACAGCAAUAGCGAGGUAGUCACAGGGUCUGGCCGGCAGGAAGCCCAGAAGACAGACGCCGAGUACCGGAAGCUCUUCGACCUGGCUCUGCAGGGCCUGCAGCUUCUGUCGCAGUGGAGCGCACACGUGAUGGAAGUGUAUUCCUGGAAACUUGUACAUCCAACUGACAAGUACUCCAACAAGGACUGCCCCGACAACGCUGAGGAGUACGAACGAGCCACGCGCUACAACUACACCACCGAGGAGAAGUUUGCCCUGGUGGAGGUGAUUGCCAUGAUCAAAGGGCUGCAGGUGCUGAUGGGCAGGAUGGAGAGUGUGUUCAAUCACGCCAUUAGGCACACGGUGUACGCUGCACUUCAGGACUUCUCCCAGGUGACCCUCAGGGAACCACUGCGACAGGCCAUCAAGAAGAAAAAGAACGUCAUCCAGAGUGUCCUACAGGCCAUCAGGAAGACUGUGUGCGACUGGGAGACUGGGCACGAGCCCUUUAACGACCCAGCUCUGCGGGGAGAGAAGGACCCUAAGAGUGGCUUUGACAUCAAGGUGCCACGCCGUGCUGUGGGACCCUCCAGCACGCAGCUUUACAUGGUGAGAACUAUGCUAGAGUCCCUCAUUGCAGACAAAAGUGGUUCCAAGAAAACCUUGAGAAGUAGCCUUGAGGGGCCCACCAUAUUGGACAUAGAAAAAUUUCAUCGAGAAUCAUUCUUCUACACUCACUUGAUAAAUUUCAGUGAAACACUGCAGCAAUGCUGUGACCUUUCCCAGCUGUGGUUCCGAGAGUUCUUCCUGGAGCUGACCAUGGGCAGGAGGAUCCAGUUCCCCAUUGAGAUGUCUAUGCCCUGGAUUCUGACUGACCACAUCCUAGAGACCAAGGAGGCAUCGAUGAUGGAGUAUGUCCUCUACUCCUUGGACCUGUACAACGACAGUGCCCACUACGCACUCACCAAGUUCAACAAGCAGUUUCUCUAUGAUGAGAUUGAGGCAGAGGUGAAUCUGUGUUUUGACCAAUUUGUUUAUAAACUGGCAGACCAGAUAUUUGCAUAUUACAAGGUUAUGGCAGGAAGUUUGCUUCUUGACAAAAGGUUACGAUCAGAAUGCAAAAAUCAGGGAGCCACGAUCCACCUCCCCCCAUCUAACCGCUACGAGACUCUACUGAAGCAAAGGCACGUGCAGCUGCUCGGGAGAUCCAUUGAUCUCAAUCGUCUGAUUACACAGCGUGUUUCAGCAGCCAUGUACAAAUCUCUAGAACUGGCGAUUGGACGGUUUGAAAGUGAAGAUUUAACAUCAGUAGUCGAGCUAGAUGGACUCUUAGAAAUCAACCGUAUGACACACAAGCUGUUGAGCAGGUACCUUACACUAGACAGCUUUGAUGCCAUGUUCCGGGAAGCCAACCACAAUGUGUCUGCACCUUAUGGAAGAAUUACCCUCCAUGUCUUCUGGGAACUAAACUAUGACUUCUUGCCCAACUACUGCUAUAACGGCUCCACCAACCGGUUUGUUCGGACAGUAUUACCAUUUUCUCAGGAAUUUCAAAGAGACAAACAACCUAACGCACAGCCCCAGUAUUUGCAUGGAUCCAAGGCUUUGAACCUAGCCUACUCAAGCAUUUAUGGCAGCUACCGGAACUUUGUGGGGCCUCCUCACUUCCAAGUCAUCUGCCGGCUGCUUGGCUACCAGGGCAUUGCAGUAGUCAUGGAAGAGUUGCUCAAGGUUGUCAAGAGCCUGCUGCAAGGCACAAUCCUGCAGUAUGUGAAAACUCUGAUGGAAGUGAUGCCCAAGAUCUGCCGUCUUCCACGACAUGAGUACGGCUCUCCUGGCAUCCUAGAAUUCUUCCACCACCAGCUGAAGGACAUUGUGGAGUAUGCAGAGCUGAAAACCGUAUGCUUCCAGAACCUGCGGGAGGUGGGAAAUGCUGUUCUCUUCUGCCUGCUUAUCGAGCAAAGCCUGUCUUUAGAAGAAGUCUGUGACCUGUUGCAUGCAGCUCCUUUCCAGAAUAUCUUACCUCGAAUCCAUGUAAAAGAGGGGGAGAGAGUUGAUGCAAAAAUGAAAAGACUAGAAUCCAAGUAUGCCCCACUGCACCUCGUCCCACUGAUUGAAAGGCUGGGGACCCCACAGGUAAGAUGCUAUGGUUACUAGGGUUUGUGUACUGGGUGGAAAUUCACAUCAGGCCAUUGGAGGGUUGGAAGCAGCCAGAACUUACUGUGAGGUCAAGACUGUUGGAGGAGUUGGGAGGAUUUGACAUAAUAUUCGGAAAGGGCUGAACAUCUAUCUCAGAAACAAAGAUGUACUCAGAUGUUGCCUGUUGUUAUACUCCACCCUUUCAUGAACAGUUGUUUUUUGUUUGUUUUCCCUUUCUUUUUGAGACAGGGUUUCUGUGUAGUCAUGGCUCUCCUUGAACUUGCUCUGUAGAGUAGACUGGCCUCAAACAAAUAGUGAUCCACUUGCCUCUGCCUCCCAAGUGCUGGGAUUAAUAGUGUGCAUCACCAUUGCCCCAAGCUUUUUAAAUACAGUUGCUUCUUAGAAGAAAUUGUGACAAAAGGCAAGGUAUCAGAAUGAAGUUUACCCCUGGGCAGUGGUGGCACACGCCUUUAAUCCCAGCACUUGGGAGGCAGAGGCAGGUGGAUUUCUGAGUUCAGUGCCAGCCUAGUCUACAGAGUGAGUUCCAGGACAGUCAAAGCUAUAUAAAAAGAACUUGUCUC